AUGGGAAUGUGUUUAGUGUUUCUUACAGUUUUUAUGGCUAUGAUGUCUUCUAUAAGAGUCUCUGCUCAGUCGAGUUGCACAACUACGUUGAUCAGCAUGUCUCCCUGUCUCAACUACAUAACCGGAAACACUACCUCUCCUUCUCAGCAAUGCUGCAGUCAAUUGGUUAACGUAGUCCGGUCUUCUCCUGAUUGUUUGUGUCAAGUCCUCAACGGUGGUGGCUCUCAGCUCGGGAUCAACGUUAACCAAACCCAGGCUCUUGCUUUGCCUAGAGCUUGUAAUGUUCAGACUCCUCCUGUUAGUCGCUGUAACAACGGUGGUGCUUCUACUGCUGACUCUCCUGCAGACUCACCAAACUCUUCAGGACCAGGAAAUGGAUCAAAGACUGUACCAGUAGGAGAAGGACCAUCGUCUGACGGAAGCUCUAUCAAGUUCUAA